AUGUGCGUUAUAGAUAAUCGAGCUUGUCCAAAUGCUUUCUGCCCACCCGGACUCGUAUGCAUCAAUGGAAGAUGUUUGCCAAGUCCAUUGCUAACAACACCCCUCCCACCAUCCAUCAUUACACCGCCAGCGACAACUCAACCAAAUCAACCAAAGCAGCCAAUGGCUCCAAUGACAAACAGAACGAUGACAAUGGCUCCAAUGAUUCGAAUGACAACAACAGGAUUUCUGAUUUGUCCAGAUGGCCGAUACGUUUAUAAUUUGCAAGCAGCACAAAAAGCCAUUCACCUCAAAAAUAUUGUCGUCAAUUCGCCGAACAAUGCGACUAUAGAAGGGCAAAAAUUUUUAAAAGCUUUAGAUGAACAUAUUUGUAAAAAAAAAUGA